UGUUGGGAUUUGGGUCUUACUUAUAUACUGUAUACAGAUUACAGUGUUUUUGUUUAUUAUUUUACUUUUGAAACUCAAUAAAGUUAUUCAAUUGUCGAUUUUAAAUGUUCAAAUUAAUUAUUUAGCUUGCUUAUACCGGCAACUUUAUGUAAUAAAUAUUGUAUUCCUUGGUAAACAUAACCUUGGCUCCAUCAUGAGUAAACCAAACAAAAACUCAAAGUUUAAAGAAUUAAAUUUAUCCAAAGAAACAUAUAAAGCUAUUAAGAAUAUAGGUUUUAAAUAUAUGACAGAAAUUCAAGCUGAAGUUUUACCUAAAGCAUUGAAUGGAACUGAUAUUGUAGCAACUGCAAAAACUGGUUCUGGAAAAACUCUAUCAUUCCUAAUUCCUGCUGUGGAAAUAGUAGCCAAGUGUUUAAAUAAAGCACCAUCAACCUAUUGUAUUAUCAUAUCACCUACUAGAGAAUUGGCAACACAAACAUAUAAUGUUUUACAAGAUCUCGUCUCUUUUCAUGAGGGAAUUACAUCUGCCUUAAUUAUAGGUGGAGAAAAUAGAAAAGCACAGAGCAUGCUUUUAGCCAACAAUGUACAUAUAGUAGUAGCUACACCAGGUAGACUCUUUGAUCACAUGAGAACGAAAGAAUUUGAUUAUAGACAUGUCUCCUGUCUUAUAUUAGAUGAGGCAGAUAAGAUAUUUCAAUAUGGCUUUGAAGAGGAUUUAAAACAAAUUAUUAAUAGACUCCCGAAGAACAGACAAACUAUGCUGUUUAGUGCUACUCAGUCUGAGACAACCGAGGCUUUAAUUAAAUCCGCUAUGAAAGAAGAUUAUUAUUCUAUUAACACAGAUGAAGACAAUGAUAGGGCUACAGUAGAAGGACUUAAACAAGGGUAUGCAAUAUGUGAAACAGAGUAUAGACUUUAUUGGUUACAUAAAUUGUUGAAGAAGACGCUAAAUCAGAAAAUAAUGGUGUUCUUUUCAAGCUGUAAAUCGGUUGUGUUUCAUCAUGAGUUUUUGUCAAAAUAUUGCAACAUGUCUGUUCUAUGUAUACAUGGUAAAAUGAACCAAGCAGAUAGGACAAGUGUAAUCUCGGAGUACUACUCCGCUGAUAAAAUGGCAUUGUUCUGCACAGAUUUGGCUGCCAGAGGUCUAGAUAUACCAGCUGUUGACUGGAUAGUCCAGUUUGAUCCUCCGGCUGAUACUAAUGAAUACAUUCACCGGGUGGGAAGGACAGCUAGAGGCUUAGGCGCUGAAGGCCGGGCUGUGUUAUUGUUAAGGCCAGAGGAAAAAGAAUUUAUAGAAUAUCUCAAAGAAGCGAAAGUCUUUUUAGACAAAUAUGAAACAUGGGACAAAUUUAGUAAUUUACAACCAAAGCUGAACGCAGCAUUUUCAGAUCCAGAUUUUGACAAGAUGGCGGUGGAAGCAUUUGAGGGCUACAUCAGGGCAUUUGAAGUAAAAAAAUUAAAACAUGUUUUUAAUUUACUUAGUAUGGACAUGGACGCAGUCGCCAGAUCUUUUGGUCUUAAGGAGAAACCGGACGUUGAUAUCCGUGUUGGUUUUAACAAAAAACAUAGGCCGAGGAAAAGAAAGGCGGCAACUAUCAUUGUUCCAGAGAAAAUAAAAAAGUGAACUGUAUAUUGUUACUGUAAAUAAAACAAGUUUUUUAUAUAAAUCCCAUUGUAUCUUUUUACAUAAGUAGACUUAAUUAGUGGGAAAAUAAUAUAACAAAUAG